AUGGUGUGGCAGUGCCGUUCCGAGGGGAGUCACUGGGGUUCUGCUUCUGUUCAACUCGCACUGCUGCUGUUGUUAAGUCAAGAAGACUACAACCUGAUGCAGAGAAACUCACUUAGUGGGAAGAUACCAUUGUCCUUGACAAAUCUCGGAAAUAUAUCAAAAUUUGAGUUAUUUAGAAAUAAACUGUUUUGCGAGUCCUCCACGUACUUUUUGACCAACUGGACUAAGUUGACUUCCUUACAGAUUUAUGGUAAUACUUUUAGUGGGAUAAUCCCUCCAGAAAUUGGCCAAUUGACAAAACUUGAGUAUCUUUAUCUUUACCAAAACAAUUUCAGCGGUUCCAUACCGUCAGAUAUAGGAAAUCUGAAAGUCUUGUUCGGGCUGGACCUCUCAACAUAUAAACUUUCAGGUCCGAUCCCUCCAACCAUUGGGAACCUACACAAUCUUUCUGUCAUCGCCCUUUACCAACUUACAGGAACAAUCCCACCAGAAAUUGGAAAUCUCACCUCAUUAACUACUCUUUAUCUCAAUAUCAAUCACCUGCAUGGGGAGUUGCCAUAUACCUUGUCUAACCUGCAGAAGUUAAUGCAGUGUUUGAUCGGCGAAAUCCCAAAAAUCUUUGCUGAUCUUGCUAGCCUUGUGCAUCUAAAAUUGUUCUUUGAUGAUAACGUUUUGCUGCGGCCCCAAUUCUCUGUCUUCUGCCUUUGUCUGUGA